UUGAGUUUUGAAGCAAAAAAAAAGUAAAUCCAAAAAUGGGAUUCUUAUUGUUCUUAUUGUUCCUCUUAGCUAAUUCAGCGUCAGGAAAAAGAACCACUUACAUAAUCCAUAUGGACAAGUCAUUCAUGCCUAAGGCUUUUACUAGUCAUGAGAAAUGGCACUCUUCAAUUCUUGAAACUGUCAACUUGAAAGAUACAGCAAGCGAAAGUUCUACCAAGCCGACUAGGCUUCUUUAUUCGUAUGACAAUGCAUUUCAGGGAUUCAGUGCUGUUAUCUCUGAGAAUGAAUUGCAAGUUCUUGAAAAGUUGCCUGGUUUUGUCUCGGCUUAUGCUGAUAAAAUGGUCACUCUUGACACUACUCACACGUUUGAGUUUCUCGGUCUGAAUCCUGAGUCAGGACUAUGGCCAGCUUCUCAUUAUGGCGAGGACGUGAUUGUUGGUGUCAUUGAUACUGGAGUAUGGCCAGAGAGUCGGAGUUAUAAGGAUGAUGGGAUGAUUGGAAUUCCGUCAAGGUGGAAGGGUAUAUGUGAGCCUGGACAAGAAUUUAAUGUUUCAAUGUGUAACAAGAAGUUAAUUGGUGUUCGAUACUUCAACAAAGGAAUUAAAGCUGCAAGUCCUAAUAUUACAAUUAGUAUGAAUUCAGGCAGGGAUACACAUGGUCAUGGCACGCAUACUUCAUCAACUGUUGGUGGAAACUAUGUCGAGGGUGCUUCAUUCUUUGGCUAUGCAACUGGCACAGCAAGAGGGGUCGCUCCACGUGCUAGGCUUGCUAUGUAUAAGGUCAUUUGGGAUGAAGGACGCUUCGCUUCUGAUGUGUUUGCUGGUAUGGAUCAAGCUGUUACUGAUGGUGUCGAUGUGAUAUCCAUCUCUCUGGGAUUUGAUAAUGUUCUAUUGUAUGAAGACCCUGUUACCAUAGCUUCAUUUGGUGCCAUGGAGAAAGGCAUUCUUGUUUCCGCUUCUGCAGGAAAUGUAGGUGGCGUCCCUGGAGGACUCCACAAUGGAAUCCCCUGGCUCUUGACUACUGCUGCUGGCUCUAUUGAUCGUGUCCUCUCUGGAAAAUUGACUCUUGGAAAUGGACAAGUGAUCACUGGUUGGUCAACGUACCCUGUUAGCGCCAUAUCCAACUUCAAUAAUGGAAUCAUCAUAUGCGAAAAUGUAAAUUUCCCUUUUCAAUUUGAUACCAUGGCUAAAUCCUCUGCUACUGCUGCUAUAUACAUCUCUGACGAUCCGAUCAUUUUCGAGAAUGAAGAGUUUGAAUAUCCCGGAGUUGUUAUCAGCCCUGAGGACGGUGCAGCUGUGAUCAGUUAUGCUAAAUCUGGUGCCAAUCCUGUUGCCAGCAUUAGCUUCCAACAGACAAUUGUGAGAUCAACACCAGCACCCGUCGUUGCAACUUACUCAUUACGAGGUCCUUCGCCAAGCUAUCCAGGAAUCUUGAAGCCAGACAUUAUGGCACCAGGGUCAUUAGUCUUGGCAUCCUAGAUUCCUAAUGUUUAUACAGCUUUAAUAUAUCCAGCUAUCGAAUUGAGCAGUGAAUUCACAAUGAUUUCAGGAACAUCCAUGGCUUGUCCACAUUCCUCAGGCAUUGCUGCACUUCUUAAAGGCGCACAUCCUGAAUGGAGUCCAGCAGCAAUCCGUUCUGCAAUGAUCACUAGUGCCAUCAACAUUGACAACACCAAUUCUCCCAUUAAAGAUUCAGGCCUAAACUACAGUAUCGCGACUCCUCUGGCUAUGGGAGCAGGGCUAGUUAAUCCAAACUUCGCUCUGAAUCCAGGCCUUAUCUAUGAUGCCACACCACAAGACUACAUAAACCUUUUAUGCGCCAUGAAAUUCAGUCUCAAGCAAAUCUUGACAAUCACAAGAUCAUCAAUCUACACUAGUCAAAAUGCAUCUUCUGAUCUUAACUACCCAUCAUUCAUCGCACUGUACACUAAUGAAACUGGAGCUACACUGAGUCAAAAAUUCAUAAGGACAGUGACAAACGUUGGCGAUGGUCCUGCUAACUAUUCUAUAAAUAUGACCGUGCCAUCGAACACAAACAUUAGUGUUUAUCCUUCAAGAUUGUCCUUCAGCAGCAAGUAUGAGAAGCUAAGUUAUACAUAGACAGUUGAAUAUAGCUGUAACAAAACUGGAGAAGUUGUAUUCGGAUCGAUAGCUUGGGUGGAUGUAAUUGGUCUCCAUGCUGUAACAAGUCCAACUGUGGUUAAAAUAUCCCUUUUCAGUAUAUUACUCAACAUGGCAAAUCAUAUUGCCUUGUGUAUUUGGUUGCUUUCUAUAAUUCAAUUGGCAAAGUCAGAAACUUAUAUCAUUCAUAUGGAUUUGUCAGCCAUGCCAAAAGCUUUUUCUAGCCAUCAUAAUUGGUACUUGACUACACUUUCUUCUGUAUCAGAUAGCAAAGACUUGUUGUCCUCUAAACUAGUUUAUACUUAUACUAAUGCCAUCAAUGGUUUCAGUGCAAGUCUUUCUCCUUUUGAGAUAGAAGCUAUUAAGAAUUCUCCCGGCUAUGUUUCAUCGAUUAAGGAUAUGUCGGUUAAAGUUGACACAACUCACACAUCUCAAUUCCUUGGCCUUAACUCUGAGUCUGGUGUAUGGCCAAAGUCUGAUUAUGGCAAAGAUGUCAUAGUUGGAUUAGUUGACACUGGGAUAUGGCCAGAGAGUAGAAGUUAUAGUGAUGAUGGGAUGAAUGAAGUACCAUCAAGAUGGAAAGGAGAAUGUGAAAGUGGAACUCAGUUCAAUUCCUCUUUGUGCAAUAAGAAACUCAUUGGCGCUCGUUACUUCAAUAAAGGCCUACUUGCUAACAACCCGAAUCUUACCAUUUCGAUGGAUUCUUCUCGUGAUACGGAUGGACAUGGGACUCAUACUUCUUCCACGGCUGCUGGAAGUCGUGUAGAGGGUGCAUCUUUUUUUGGCUAUGCCACUGGAACUGCUACAGGUGUAGCACCAAAGGCUCAUGUGGCCAUGUACAAGGCUCUAUGGAAAGAAGGUGUAUUCUUGUCUGAUAUUCUUGCAGCAAUUGAUCAAGCAAUUGAAGAUGGUGUAGAUGUAUUGUCGUUGUCAUUAGGCAUUGACGCGCUUCCAUUAUACGAAGAUCCUGUUGCAAUUGCUGCAUUUGCUGCACUGGAGAAAGGCAUAUUUGUUUCCACCUCUGCAGGAAAUGAAGGGCCUUUUUUGGAAACUUUGCACAAUGGUACACCUUGGGUGCUCACUGUUGCUGCUGGCACAGUUGACCGCGAGUUUAUUGGCACACUAACACUUGGAAAUGGAGUUUCGGUCACUGGCUUAUCGCUCUACCCGGGGAAUUCUAGUUCAAGUGAAAGCUCCAUUAGCUAUGUUGAUUGCCAAGAUGAUAAGGAACUGCAGAAAAAUGCACACAAAAUAGUGGUCUGCAUUGACAAGAAUAAUUCAGUUAGUGAGGACGUCUACAAUGUCAGAAAUUCAAAAGUUUCUGGUGCAGUCUUCAUAACUAAUUCAACGGACUUGGAAUUCUAUCUCCAAAGUGAAUUUCCUGCAGUGUUUUUGAACAUUCAAGAGGGUGAUAAAGUUCUUGAGUACGUUAGGAGUGACUCUGCACCUAACGCAAAGCUUGAAUUCCAAGUGACGCGUAUUGGUGCUAAACCAGCACCAAAAGUUGCUAGCUAUAGCUCAAGAGGACCAUCACCAAGCUGUCCUAUAAUUCUCAAGCCUGACCUCAUGGGUCCUGGUGCCUUAAUACUUGCUUCAUGGCCACAACAAACACCAGUAACUGAAGUUACCUCAGGAAAACUUUAUAGUAACUUCAACAUUAUAUCAGGCACAUCAAUGUCUUGUCCACAUGCUUCUGGUGUAGCAGCACUUCUAAAAAGUGCACACCCUGAAUGGAGCCCUGCUGCUAUCCGAUCCGCCAUGAUGACCACAGCCUAUGUAUUGGACAACACACAAAGCCCCAUCCAAGACAUAGGUUUGAAGAAUGGUGUUGCUACUCCUCUAGCUAUGGGAGCUGGCCAUAUCGAUCCAAACAAGGCGUUGGAUCCCGGACUCAUCUAUGAUGCAACACCACAAGAUUAUGUUAAUCUCCUUUGUGCUUUGAACUUCACAUCCAAACAAAUACAAACCAUCACAAGAUCCUCAACUUACACUUGCUCCAACCCAUCAUUAGACUUGAACUAUCCAUCUUUCAUUGGCUAUUUCAACCGGAACAGCAGCGAUUCGGAUCCUAAAAGGAUUCAAGAAUUCAAAAGAACAGUGACUAACUUACAAGAUGGUACAUCAGUAUACACAGCAACGAUCACUCCAAUGGGUAAAUUUAAAGUUAGUGUUGUACCUAAUAAGUUGAUUUUCAAAGAAAAGUAUGAAAAGCAAAGCUACAAGCUAAGAAUAGAAGGUCCAAUGAUUAUGGAUGAUAAUGUGGUUGAUGGUUCAUUGAGCUGGAUGGAAACUAGAGGAAAAUACAUAGUCAAAAGUCCAAUUGUUGCAACAAGUAUAAGAGUGGAUCCUUUGAGAGGACAUAACUGAUU